AUGAGCGAUGGGGUCAAUACCCAGAAUUCAUCACCAAUGAGGGAUGGGGUCAAUAUCCAGAAUUCAUCACCAAUGAGUGAUGGGGUCAAUACCCAGAAUUCAUCACCAAUGAGGGAUGGGGUCAAUAUCCAGAAUUCAUCACCAAUGAAGGAUGGGGUCAAUAUCCAGAAUUCAUUGCCAAUGAGUGAUGGGGUCAAUAUCCAGAAUUCAUCACCAAUGAGUGAUAGGGUCAAUACCCAGAAUUCAUCACCAAUGAGUGAUAGGAAGUUAUGGGGAAUAGACAUCAACAUGUAUGGAAUGUUGCAACAAAUCAUGGCAUACAAAGAGUUUAAACAACAUCAAUUGAAAACGGAGCCGACUGAGAGUACCGGUACCAGUGUGGAUUACUCAAUCUCAUCAGAUGUAUCCAUGUUUCGCUUUAGUAAAAGAGUUCAACAAACUAUUGCUGCGUUGCUGAGCACUUUUAUGGUGACGGGUCUUCUGGCAUGGUAUUACAUCAUCCAGCAUGGACACACAGUUGUACUUCAGUUGGGACCGCUGGAACUUGAUAGCGGUCUUCAACAAUUGACUGUUGGGGAUAGUAAUAAUGAAGGUAAAAAGUUGAUAAUUGAUAUUGGUAAGCACUUAUCAAUGACGUCAAUUCCGAUGCAGUGUGAAGAUGUCGGUGGACGAAUGAAUCUUUGCAUAGAAUGGAUAGAAGACGAAUCCGAGCGGUCAAAUUUGAAAAUAGCGCAGAUGAGGGUGGACCUCAAUACGAUUGAUACCAAAGCAACAUGUUAUGAAGUAAAGUGGCAAGUGAUGUCGCAUAAUUUUGUUCCCGAGGACUGUAUCAGUUUUGGUAAUGAACAUUGGUAUGGUGGAGCGGUAGCCUAUCGUCAAUACCUAGUAUUGGAAAAGGGCCAUGUCAGUAUGCAGCCGUAUGUGACGGGUGAUAUAUGGGAUAAUGCAAAAGGGUACGGAUCUGUAUUGGAUCGAAUAUGGAUGUCAAGCCAUGGAAUGAUGAUUGUCGUUCCCGAUACUGUCCCGUUGCAUGUUAGUGUCAAUCAACCCACAGGAUAUUUUUGUCUCAAAGCCGAUUAUACUGACUCUUCGUACAAAAGUUACGAUGAUAAAUUUGUAAAUCUGAAGUACACUAUUUGUGAUGCUAAAAACAUCCGAGACAUUCAGGAGUAUGUACAAGUUCGAUACCUCUUCCCUCCAAAUGGAAAACCUGAUGAAAGUGUGGUCAACUUUCCAAUAUGGAACAUCCGAUCGUAUGACAUGAAUACGUACACUAAUCAGAGUGAUGUGUUGGAUAUAGCAGCCCAAAUCAAACAGCACAGUUUCAACCACAGUCAGUUAGUUAUAAGCGACAGAUAUAGCAUGCAUCAUGGUGACCUCACGUUUGAUCCAAACAGGUUUCCAGAUCCCGGAUUAAUGGCUGAUAGUCUGCAUGAAAUGGGAUUUCGCAUAGGACUGAAAGUUAAUCUCUUUUCCAGUGUAAUGUCCGAAGCAUUCAAAGAAGGAUCUCGCAAGGGAUUCUGGGUAACCUAUGGUGAGAGCGACGUCCCCGGUCUUGUUAAACGAUACGGAAAUGUCGGAGUGCUGCUAGAUUUAACAAAUGAGAAAGCAAAAUCUUGGUAUAAAAAACGACUUUCCAAUUUACUAAGUCACGUUGAUGUUCUUCAUUUUGACGGGGGUCAGGCUCAGUAUCUUCCAUAUCAAUACGAUGUACAUCGCACUUAUUUGAUGCGAAAUCCCAAUAUGUAUUCAAAAAUGUUUGUGCAAUUGGCAACUGAUUUAGGAAAUCAGAAUCAGUUACAGAGUGGAUGGGGUACGCAGAGGUAUCCCAUUUUUUUGCGGAUGAGCGAAAAGAACUCUGGAUGGUGCUACAGCAAUGGAUUGAAAUCUGUCAUUCCGACUGUACUUCUGUACGGAAUUCUGGGAUAUCCAUAUGUUAUUCCAGCUGCAAUUGGAGGCAAUCCCAUGGGGAAUACGGAUAUGGAUGUUAAAACAGAGGGGCUACCCGAGAGGGAACUUUACAUUAGGUGGAUGCAAGUAGUGACUUAUCUGCCAGUUAUGGAGUUUACCACGUUGCCAUGGCAGUAUGAUGCUGAAGUUGUGAGAAUUGCUCAUAAACUGGUGAAAAUUCAUGAAGUCAUAGUGGCACCUAUGAUUAAUAAUCUUACGCUGGAAUCUGUGCAAAAUGGUGCACCAAUUAUCCGUCCUGUAUGGUGGGUGGCUCCCAACGAUCCAAACACACUUGCACUGGACACAGAGUUCUUAAUUGGUGAUGACUUUCUGGUGGCGCCAAUUCUCGAGAAGGACGCACGGAAGAGAGACAUCUAUUUACCUAAAGGGGAUUGGAAGGCUCUACUGAAUGGAAAUAUAUACGAAGGUGAAAAAUGGAUUCGAGAUUUUCCCAUUGAACUUGAUGCAAUUGCAACAUUUCAGAGAAUGGAUACACUGAGUUAA